UGACUCCUCAUAUAAUAAUUGGCAGCACAGUUUAAUCAUUGAAACCUAGAUUUUUACCGUUUCUCUUGAGAUCAGAUUUCAGUAAUAAAUUUUAUUUUCACAAUAAUAUUCUUUAAAGCCCACAUUUUAAACAUAACUCCACAAAAAGCAUUUUUUGAAUAUGUUCCGUCGUGUGGGUGAAGAAGUAGAUAUUCUCACAUGUCCUUAUAACCAAGCACAUCAGAUAUUGCGUGGUCGUUUUCAAGUUCAUUUAGUGCGGUGUCGGAAGUCGUAUCCAAACGCCAAAGUGAUUGUGUGUCCGUUCAAUGUGACCCACCGGAUCAACGAACAAGAAUUGGAUAUCAAAUCUGUAUUUCUCUUGCAGUGGCACGUGAGCACCUGUCCAAAUCGUCACUCGUUUGAAGUUUUCAAAAGCAACGACACACAUGCAUCCUUGUCAACUUCUACACUGUCCAACUCAUUUAAUGACGAUGAAAAUCAAACUAAUUCUACUUGGCAAACUGCAAACACUUCUUUUGAAUUGGAAACAUCUCAAAAUUGGGACGAUCUGCCCAGUGUACCAUCAUAUGAUCCUAAAACAUACACUGAAAAGGCAAAUGUGUUGCGACAACCUGUUGGAAUGAAACCAUCAGAAAGAGUUGCAUUUCGUAAUGCUGAGCGUAAACGACUGCAAAACUUAUAAAGCUCCACAACAUUUUUCAACGUACUGACUACGUUUAGUAUUUUCUUUUUUCCCAUUGAAAUGUUUUCUAUAUUGUGUUCAAUAAAGAUUUCACUUCAAUUUGAAUUAUAUUUUUAUUUGAA